CUUUGAAAGUCAUUGUGGGCCCUCUUUUUCUAUAUGGGUUUAUUCCAGCCUAAAGGAAGAGGAAGAAAGCGUGGGAGGAAUCAUCUCAAGUAACUAACACACCCACCACAGUAACCGGCAGCACUGUAUUGCACACAAGUCUGGGGUCUUGACAAAACGCAGACAUUAUGGAACUUGAAGCUAUGAAUUCCCGUGAAGAUUGGCCAGAUGAAACAGAAGAAGCAAAAACUGAGAGUCCACCUAAGACCUGCUGUGACAAAAUCCAUGAAACCAUUUCCAACUGGAUACUACCCACAAACCAAAGAGACACAUACCUAGAAAGAGCAAACUGCUUACCCCCUCCAAUCUUUAUAAUUUCAGUCAGCAUUGCUGAGCUAGCAGUAUUUAUUUACUAUGCAGUGUGGAUGCCUCAGAAACAGUGGAUCACCCUGGAUACUGGUGUCUGGAACAGCCCCUUUAUUUAUCGGCCUGAUAAAAGAGAGGAGGCAUGGAGAUUUAUAUCGUACAUGAUGGUGCAUGCUGGAGUUCAACAUAUUAUUGGGAAUUUGGCUCUCCAGCUUUUACUCGGAAUUCCACUAGAGUUGGUCCAUAAGGGACAUCGAAUUGGACUGGUAUAUUUGGCAGGAGUCAUCGGAGGAUCUCUAGCAAGUUCUGUCUUUGACUCCGGGCUUGCUCUUGUUGGAGCUUCUGGGGGUGUCUAUGCUUUGAUUGGGGGAUACUUCAUGAAUGUCCUAGUGAAUUUCAAAGACAUGAUACCUUUAUUUGGAAUAUUUAGGAUUCUGGUCAUCAUAACCAUAGUUGGAACUGAUGUGGGAUUUGCCCUGUACAGAAGAUACAUUUCCCAUGAAACUGGCCAAAAGGUCUCCUUUGUAGCCCACUUUGCUGGAGGGCUGGCUGGAAUGUCUAUUGGUUACACAGUUUUCAGCUGCUUUGACAAAAAUCUAAUAAAAGAUCCAAGAUUCUGGAUUUGUAUUGCUGCCUACGCUGCCUUUGUCAUUUUUGCUGUGUUGUUCAAUAUUUUUUUGUCCCCUGCGCCUUAAUGUAUAUCAAGGGAAGGACAAUUAUUUUUUUGCAAGAACUCUAUACAAUGCAACCUUGAUAUUUUUCAAUAGCCAGCUACAAUAAUACAUUUUUUGGACUUUUAAAGAACUGCAGCAAAAGAUCUAGACAGCGCUGGAGUACUGUGGCAGCCCUAGCCUAAAAAGAACCAUUUUUGAGCAUGAUACUUGCUGGUUUAUUGCCAGUUUGUGCUUAUAAUAGUGAAUGGGCUGUUUUACAAACAUCAGUUUCAUAUUCACACAACCAAAACGUGUGAGCCGCAUCAAUGAGGUUCUUCUUGCUUCUUGCAAAGCUGCUGAAAUUGAUUUAAGCAACUUUUUCUGAAUUUAUUUAACUCUUCUGCGUCAUGCGGCAAAAUUCAUGAAAAGGGCUUUUUCAGUACUGAUAUUUACAAGCGUUUACUAAAACAGACUUUCAACAUUCCAGAGCUUUUUCCACAACUAUCGAAAGAAGUGCUAUGCAACACAAGUGUGUGUAAAUAUAAUAGGUGCCUUAAUUUGUUUAGCUCCACUGGGGCAGGGAAUGAUGUAUAAUCUCUGUAAUGCACUGCUGAAUAUGUUGGUGCUAUAUAUACAUAAAGCAUAAUAAUAUUGUAUUCUAUUUAAAAGUCUGCAUUUGUUUGUUGAAAGUUAGAAGUCACCAUUUGAUAAAUACGCUUUAAAAUCCCAUAGGAAUCAAUAAAACUUGGGUGAGUUUUUAUGCAUUAAGCUUUAAACCCACAUUUUGAUAAAUCUGCACCUAAAUGUGCCCCAAAGUAAUACAAAAUAAGUCCAUGCUAAAUACAAAGCGACUGUACUCGGAUUUUUUAAAUGUAAUAGACGAUUUAUGUAACAAUGGAUUUUAAGAGACUUCUUUAUCAAA